AUGAAAGGCAAAGGCCAACUUUGCGACGGCAUCCCCGAGGUCACUUCUGUGGUCUCAACAUUUCACUUCAACUUCACUUUCUGUCUCUCUUACUCGGCUUGGACAGUUCGUCUCGUGUGGGGCUCCUUCGUUCGGAUUAGUGUACAGGUCUUCAGUGACUUUGGCUGCCCGCGCUCACUCGAGUUUGCCUGGGGUGUUUUGCGCCUCCCUAGUCACCCAUUAAACAACCACGAGACGCCUGCCUUCACCUGCUAUAGGGGCAAGGCUCCCGAAUUAUAUAUCGGGACGGGAUAA